AUGGCAGACCAAUUGUUGGACCAAGUACGAGAGGCUGCAGAGGGUCAAAUUGACUUCAAGGGGCAGGAGUUAGCGGAACUAUUGGCCACAAUUCUGCUUGCAGCAGUAGGAGUCAUCUCUUUCGUUGUCGGAUUCAUUAACCAGGACAUCAAACUCGCGCUUUACCUUGGCUUGGGUGGAACUGCUCUCACGCUGGCCCUUAUUGUACCACCAUGGCCGUUCUUGAACAGACACCCCGUUAGGUGGUUACCUGUUGGAGGGGUUGAGAAAAAGUCGCAAGGAAUCAUGAUGGAUGGCCAGGUGAUAGCAUGA